GUUAGUAAUGAGCCAGACCAUCUGUUAUCGUUCUCGCGUAAAGCUGGAGGCGGUGGUAAUGGUAAUGGUGAUCAAAAUCCAACAUCAACUCUCAAUAAUGAGCCACACCAUCUCUCAUCGACCUCGCGUAAAGCUGGAGGCGGUGGUAAUGGUAAUGGUGAUCAAAACCCAACAUCAACUCUCAGUAAUGAGCCACACCAUCUCUCAUCGACCUCGCGUAAAGCUGGAGGCGGUGGUAAUGGUAAUGGUGAUCAAAACCCAACAUCAACUCUCAAUAAUGAGCCACACCAUCUGUCAUCGACCGCGCGUAUACCUGGAGGCGGCAGUAGUGCUUUGCCCCAAAAAACAGGAGAAACAAAACGUCCUCCUUCCACAGAAGCUAAUACUUCUGAACUACUGAAACCAACUAAGGCAUCAAAUACAACAUCAACUUCUUUUGUUCAGUCGUUCGCUUCAUUAUUUGCGUCAGAAGGGUCAGGUGCAUGGAGAACCACAAGUAAUCAGCCACAACCUGAGUCGUUUACUUCGUUAACUAGUGCUGCAGUUGAUGACUAG